UGUCAUAAUAGUGCUUGCAUAAUCUGAAUCUAAUCCUGGCCAUGACAGACUGAGAGGCCAGCUGCCUGACAGUACAGGAGCUCUUUAGAGAAAGGACUGUAGGAAGUGGUGAAAAAAGACUAAAACAUGAAUAAUCUUGUGAGUGAACUGGAGGUAACAGAGAGAGGUGUUUAUAAUGAGGUUAUUUCACUCCUGGCGCAUAUAGCUGACCAAGAUAAGAACAGAAUUGCCCUCAGGAUUGCCUCUAUAGCAAAGACCAAGCUGGUUAGUGUUGUGAGAGUUCUACUGGAGAAACUGCAACAGGAUGAGGAAGCAACAAAUGAGGUAAAAGUGGCAGCUAGCAACACGUUAGUGACUCUGGCAAGCUGCUAUUUUGAUGAUGUCAUGUAUGAGCUGCACUGUCACCUGAAACCACCGAAGCUGCCUGAAGAGUUUAUUUUAGUUACACUGGGCAACCUGUCAUCAGCCUAUGCACUUGACUGUAUCCCUUUUGUGGAAAUGACCCUGAGCACCAUGUUCUCCAUGCUGGAGUUAGUCAAUGACAGUAGGAUGAGACAAGCAUUUUGCGGUGUUCUGGAACAAUGGUCAAGGGCAGUACGUCUCUUUUUGGCUAGCUGGGAAAAGUACCCAUUCCCCAAAGUGGGCGAAUUGCGGCUCUGCAAUCAUUUUCUUCCCGUCUACUCUCAUGUGACCAGCAACUGGCUGACCUGUGAGGAGCUGGAGCUCAAGCAGGCUGUCAUCAAAGCCCUUGGUCCCAUGAUGAGUCUCCUGCUACACAAAGAGGAGUAUCAAGGUCAGAUAUUUGAACAGAUGUCAUGGCUUCUUGAGCAAUAUAAGGAGAGCACUGAUGUUUUUCACGUCACCAAGAGUCUGAGCCAGCUCUUGGAGGUCUCGGGUGAAUAUAAGAUCCCUCUCCCUAAGAGGAAGUUUCAAGCCAUCUGCAGUGCUCUGCACAACCAGCUCUGUUCUCAAGCUAAGCCGCUCAGCAUGGAAAAUCACACAGAGCUGGUCUAUUGUAUAGUUCAGCUAGCCCGUUCUUCUCCUGAUGAUCUGAUAGCCUUUCUGCACUCGCAGCUGGAGAUUGAGAAUGAGGCUGUUCGUGUGGCAUCUCUGAAUCUGCUCAGAGCUAUUGUUGGUGCUGACUGUAAGUAACACAGGAGCAACUGUGCCA